AUGGAGGCGUGCGUGCGCGCGUGCGCUGAGCUGUGCGUGCGCGUGUACCAGGUGGCCGACCUGCGCGAGUUCGAGGAGUUCGCGGACAUCUUCCCGGACUUCGACAGCCUCCCGCUGUACCAGGCCGCGCUGCGCCAGCUCGAGGACUCCGGCGUCCCCUACAGGUGUCUCCGAACUGAGAUGGUGAAAUGUUCCUCUGAUGUGGAGUAUUUGGGCAAGCUGCAGUGCAUUCGUCUUGCCUUCCAGUACUUGUUCAAGGAUCACUCAACUUGGCAGUGGUUUGCUGACACUGGCAGACAAAUUCUGACAGAUCUCUUGCUUUAUGCAGACAAAGAUCCAAAGGAUUUUCUUAUAGCCUAUGAAGAUAUGUUGGAUUUCCUUCAAGAUCCAGAUCACUGGUUGGAAAUGGAACAAGAAUUGAGUUUAAGAGGAGUGAAAGCCAUUACAUUCUAUGAUGUUGUAAUGGAUUACAUUCUGAUGGAUGCAUUUGAUGAUUUGGAGUCUCCACCAAUGACUGUGACCGCAGUAGUUCAAAACCGUUGGCUCUCAAAUGGAUUUAAGGAGACAGCUCUGUCCACAGCUGUCUAUUCUGUCCUCAAAGCAAAAAGAAAAAUGUUGAAGUUUCCGAAUGGAUUUAUGUCACACUUUUAUGCUAUAUCAGAACACAUGUCACCACUCAUGGCUUGGGGUCUCUUGGGACCAGAUGAAAACUUGAGGGUUGUUUGCCAUUAUUUCAAGGAUCAAAUGAUGGCUUUCCUUGCUGACAUUUUCAGCUUUCAGAAGUCACGUUAUACCAGUGUUGAGGAAUUAGCAGAAGAUAUACUUCAGCACAUGAAAAAUCGAGUAGAAGCUGUGAGUCAGAAAAUGUCAACUCAAGGUUGAUGUCCACUGAUACACAUAUUGCAUUUACUGGACUUACUAUAGCUAUAGUGUUUAGUGCAGGAACAUUGUUGGUAGCUUGCAGAUCAUUAGUUAUAACUUUUUUACUUAUUUUGUCAGUAUUGUCCAGAAUUUGUAAGUUGUUUUGUAGUAUAAUAUGACUUAGAGAAAAUAAUUAAGAAAUGUGAUUGUGAAGUCUCCAAGUGAAACAUUCUAAAAUGAACUUUUCAAUUCUAAUAUUGAUAUGUUGCCAGAAAGUUAUUUUAUAAGAAAUUUUUACCUGUACAAAUGACAAUUCUUGUAUGAGAGU